CGGGCAGGAACUGCCUGUCGCAUAGUAGGGAGCCAGAGUUUAGGUCUGGAGGAGGUCGUCUCUAGGCCCUCGGGUGCUGAAGAGGGAGGACUUGGGAUUGAGGGUCACCAUGAAGACCAAGGCCCUGGAUGGACUACCAUGGGCACCCCCCAGGGCUGGCACCGGAGAGCCCGAGACAGCCCCAGGCAGGUGUCAGACGCAGACAGGACCCGGCUGAGCCAGGACCUUGGUGGGGGCACCCUGGCCAUUGACACUCUGCUGGACAACGGCACCCGGGUGGUGGAAGACAACCACAGCUAUUACGUGUCCCGUGCCUACGGCCCCAGCGAGCCCCGAAGCCGGGAGCUGUGGGCGGAUGUGGCCGAGGCCAACCACACCCAGGUGCGGGUGCACAGGAUCCUGUCCAGCGCCCACCGGCAGGCUUCAAGAGUGGUCUUGUCCUUCGAUUUCCCUUUCUACGGGCAUCCUCUGCGACAGAUCACCAUAGCAACGGGAGGCUUCCUCUUCAUGGGCGACGUGAUCCACCGGAUGCUCACAGCCACUCAGUACGUGGCUCCCCUGAUGGCCAACUUCAACCCCGGCUACUCCGACAACUCCACCGUGGCCUACUUCGACAACGGGACGGUCUUCAUCGUGCAGUGGGACCGCAUCUACCUCCAGGGCCGCGAGGACAGGGGCAGCUUCACGUUCCAGGUGGCCCUGCACCGCGAUGGCCGCAUCGUCUUCGGCUACAAAGAGAUCCCCAUGUCGGUCCGGGAGAUCAGCUCUGCCCAGCACCCCGUGAAAGCAGGCCUGUCCGAUGCCUUCAUGGUCCUCAAUCCGGCCCCGGACGUGCCAGAGUCCUGGCGCAGGACCAUCUUCGAGUACCACCGCGUGGAGCUAGAUACCAGCAGGAUCACCAGUGCAUCCGCCGUGGAGUUCAUGCCACUGCCCACCUGCCUGCAGCGCCGGAGCUGUGACACCUGCGUCUCCCCGCACCCGGCCUUCAGCUGUGCCUGGUGCCACGUCCUGCAGAGGUGCUCCAGUGGCUUUGAUCGUCACCGCCAGGAGUGGCUGGCCUAUGGCUGCGCCCAGGAGGCGGAGGGCAGGACAUGUGAGGACUUCCAGGGUGAGGACCCGUCCUCGGCCUCCCCCGACAGCUCCACGAGCCCCCAGGACAGGGACGUCGUGGUCACCACCUCUGCCUCCUCCCUCGUGGAAGAGGGUCUCACCACGGAAGAUGACGCUACAGUGAACCCCUCUGAGGGAGGAGACGGCCUCCAGCACAACCUGUCCCCCGACUCCAAGGCCCGCCCUGUGCACCUGGGCACCAUCGUGGGCAUCGUGCUGGCCGUCCUGCUGGUGGCGGCCGCCAUCCUGGGCGGGAUUUACAUCAGCGGGCACUCUAACUCCAACGCCGUGCUCUUCCUCAUGGAGCAGAGACCCCACCGCUGGCCGGCUAUGAAGUUCCGCAACCACCCCAACCACGCCAGCUACACGGAGGUGGAGCCCGUGGGCCGUGAGAAGGACGGCUUCCUGGAGGCCGAGCAGUGCUGAGGGCCGCGCGUGGGGCCUGGGAUGGCCUCCUGCGAUCUGCACUGUGGCCGGGGGACAGUGGCUGCGGAGGCUGGGCCCUCACCCCCGCCAGGAGGGGCAGAGAGCAGCCCCAUGGUGGGGUUUUUAGAGCAACUUCAUCUCCCGUGGGCCUUUCCUGGGCCUCCCACCCGCAGCCCCCUGACUAAAGCCUGGGCUGGGUUCCCGGGCCCACAGACUCCGGAGCUGGUCCUCUGCAGCCUGCCGGCCUUGUGGCUCCCUUCCCGGGACAUGCUGGUGCCUGGCACUUCCUGAGGUGGACUUUGCCUCCUCUGAAGACAGAUGGGCAGGGCUCCAGGACACCCCUACCCCACCCCGCUCACUGGGGACUCUGCCAAACCUUGACCUGGAAAGUGGCUGCAGGCAGCGUUGUGGGCUGGGAGCUCGGGCUCCCAAACUUAGCCUGGUUUUUGGAGGAGCCCUGUCCCAGGGAGGAGCCAGGCAGCCUCUAGAGCUCGGCCUCAUUGGGUAGAGAGUCUCAGCCGCAGAUAAACGCUGAGUCAGUCUCUACACAGUCACGGGCUUAGUGGGCCUCACCCUGAGGGAGGAAUCAGUUCAGAAAUGAGGCAGAGUGGUGGGGACACUGGUAACCGCUGCACAGUCAGACACGAGCUGGACCCUGCUCUCUUCCACACCACAGGAGACGGAGCUGCAGGUGUGAAGUCAGGAUUUUCAGAUGAGGAAAGAUCCUGCCGCACAGAAGGGCUCUUUGCCAGCUCUGCAAGACGGAAAGGUCUGUGUUGGCUCUCACACAGGGCACCCGGUGCUGCAAUCCCAGCACCGAGGAAGCUGAGGCAGGAAGACUGCAAGUGCUAAUCCCACCAGGGAAAUUUAGUGAGACCUUAUCUCGAAAGUCUUUGAAAGGGGAGCCGAGGAUGGCGCUCAGUGGUAGGGUGCUCCAGGACUGAAAAUGUGUGUGACCCAGCAUCCAGACAUCCCGGCCGUCUGCUCCCAUUCCCGCCUGCAUAGCCCUGUGUGUCUGCACGGUCACAGCACGGUGCCCCUUGUCCCCUCCCAAACUCCUGCCCACUUCAUCCCAUCUUCAGGGUUCUGGAAGAAAGGGGCAGGGAUGCCAGGAGGCCUCUGCCAACCACCCCAGGCGGAAGAAAAUCAGAGCUGGGCGUGGUGGUGCAUGCCUGUAAUCCCAGCACUUGGGAGGCUGAGGCAGGAAGAUUUCUG